AAGUACAAAAAUCGCAACACACAUAAAGUGAAGAUGAAUCAUAUCACAAAUAUAUAUAUAUAACAUGCAUAUAUGUUAUAUGAUGUUGAUUGAUGAUGAUAUAGAUAUUAUAUAUAGAGAAAUAAAUGUCAUAAAUAUAUAUAUAUGUAUAAUGAAGUAGUAGUAGUUAGCUAAGUUGUCACCCUAAUUUAUGAACCUGUCUUAGGCUUGAAACAACAGUCUCUCAUAACUCACAAUAACCAAACCAAACACAAUUUUGAAGUAAAAGCUAAGCCAAUAAUUCAAAUAUAUAUCAUAUCCAUAUCCAUAUCCAUAUAUCAUAUCAUCGUAUAUAUCAUAUACUCUAGCUAUAUAAAUAGCUAUAUAAAGCUCAUUUUGAAGAUAUAUAAUAUAUAUCAUAUACAUACCAUUAUGGAAGAAACCCUAAUCACCAAACCAGCUGACCACAACUCCACCGUCGACACCUCCCGUCCCUUCCGCUCCGUCAAAGAAGCCGUCGCCAUCUUCGGUGAACGCAUUCUCGCCGGCGAAAUAUAUUCCUCCGCCGCUCCUUCCCCAAAUUUCUCCAACAACAACUACCUUUCUCCCCAAGAAGGAGAAGAAGAUGUUAAAAGAAGCUUAACGAACUCGCCUGAUUCUUCUCCAUUUCUCGAUCGAAACACGAUGAGUAAUAAUUACGACGAUCGCAAUCGUCUUGUUAUGGAGGCGGUGAAGAGAUUGGAGAGCGAGCUGGCGGCGACGAAGGCGGAGCUAAAGGUGUUGAAGGAGAGAGAGGAGGAGACGGAGGUGGCGGUGGCAUCGCUGAACGCCGAGCUCCACAAGAACAUGGCGAAGAUGGCGGCGGCGGAGGCGGCGGCGGCGAAAGCGGGUGCGGCGGGAACGAGGGAGGAGGAGGAAGAGAUGAUAAGGAGGGAGUUGGUGAGGAGAAUGGAGAAGAACACUACUUUGGCUCAGAUACUAAGUCUAGGGCACGAUCGUGAUCAGAAGGAAUAUGGGAGAAGAAGAGGUCAGAGGAUGACGAUGAUGAGGAAAAGUACGAACAAGAAGAAGCCUAUUGUUCCUCUCGUCGGAGAUUUAUUUUCCAGGAAAAAAUAUUAAUACAUUAUAUAUAUAUAUAUGAAAUUAUUUUGGUGAAUUGGUUUUGGAUUUAUUUUUUAUAUAUAUUUUGUUGUUUUGUGAUCUUUUUCCUUUCAAACUUCAUGUACUAUAUAUGUACUUGUGUAAAUCUUGUUUAUUAUGUAUGAUAUUGAUUCUUUAUUCA